AUGAGAGUAGCACUCCCGAAAAUGAGCGAAACGGACGUCCUCAUCAUCGGCGCCGGCCCGACGGGCUUAACCCUCGCACUCGAACUCUCGGUGCAGAGCAUCCCCUUCCGCAUCAUCGACAAGGCCCCCGUCCCCUCGGACAAGUCCCGCGCCCUGGCCGUGCAGCCGCGCUCCCAGGAGCUCCUCCACCGCCACCCCGACAUCGCAGAGUCCAUGCUCGCCGAGGGCACCGCCGGCCCCGGCAUCAACAUCUACUGCAACAAGCGCCACCUCAUCACCGGCACCUUUGACGACCUCGGCUUCGACGACACCCGCUUCGGCCUGCCGCUGUGGAUCUCCCAGGUCGACACCGAGGCCGCCAUGCUGCGGCAGCUCGAGGUCUACGGCGGCACCGUCGAGCGCGGCGUGUCGGCGGACGACAUCAAGCAGGACGGCGUCCGCGCGAGCGCCACGUUGACGAGCGGGAGCGGGAGCGGCGCGGCAAAGGAGGUGAUCCGGGCAAAGUACAUUGUCGGGUGCGACGGCGCGCACAGCGUCGUGCGGCACAGCGCCGACGUGACGUUUGAGGGCGCGCAGUACCCGCAGCAGUUUAUGCUCUGCGACGCCCGGCUCCGGGGCGACGGCUACGACGCGGAGCGCGUCUCCCUCUUCCUCGGCAGCCGCGUCAUGGUCGUCUUCCCGCUCAAGAACGGCGUCGUGCGCUUCGUCGGCGAGAGGUCGUCGCGGAGCAAGCGCGAGGGCGACCCGGACCGGGAGGAGAUUGAGGCGUUUGUCGAGGAGAUGACGGGGACGAGGCCGGAUAUCGCGGAGACGCUGUGGCUCACGAGCUUCCGCUGGAACUGCCGCGCCGUCAACAACUAUCGCGACGGGCGGCUGUUCAUGGCCGGCGACGCGGCGCACAUCCACUCGCCUGCCGGGGGCCAGGGGAUGAACACGGGGAUCCAGGACGCCAUCAACCUGGGCUGGAAGCUGGCUGCCGUGAUCCGCGGCGAGAGAGAGGAGGCGUUUUUGGACACGUACAACGAGGAACGUCACCCCGUCGGGCAGCACCUUCUCACGGGCACGGAUCGCAUGUUCAACAUGGUGUCGUCGCAAAACACAAUCUUCACGACAGUGCGGAACUGCCUGAUGCCGUGGAUUGCACCCCGGAUCUGGGGCAACAAGGCGCGUCGGCUGGCGGUGUACACCUUCAUCUCACAGAUGGCCAUCAAGUACCGCAACAGCUCCAUCGUGUGCACGGCCGUCGGGUUCGAAGGCCCCGUCAAGGGCGGAUGGCGGGCUCCCGACGGGCAGGUCACGGACGAGAGGGGCGAGAAGGGCAAGUGGCUGCUGGGGAUGACGAGCGCGCGGGACCAUACGAUUUUCCUGUUUGCGGGCGGCGCGGAGGCGGACGAGGACGACGGCGAGGAGAGCUUGGACAAGGCGGAGGAGAAGAUUGUCACGGACGGGCGGUUCAAGGAGUACGGUGUUAUCAAGAUUUACGCCGGGGCGACGGUCGGCAAGGGGGGGUACAAGGACGUUGACGGCGUGCUGCACAAGCGGUACGGGUUCGAGAAGGGGGCGGGGAUGGUGGUUGUGAGGCCGGAUGGGUAUGUUGGGUUUAUCGGGCCGGCGGAGUGUGUGGAGGAGUUUCUGUCCAUGUGA